UCAGCAGGGAAGGUCGAUCUUUUUGGAAUUCGACAUCGAGGACGAUAGCAAUAUGUUCUCCGUCCGAUAUCUGCCGAUUUUUGUCCUUUUCGUGUAUGGAUACAGGCUGAGCCAGGCUUCCGACGACCCAGUUCAGAUCUUUCUGUCCCACAUAGAUAACGCGACAAAUAACCUGUGGGUCCAGCUCGAGACCGACGACGACCACGUCUUCCUCAGAAGCGACCUCGAGUCCUUCAUCCACUCGUACGACACCGACAACAAUACUCAUGUGACACGAUUAGAAUUCUAUACCCAUUUUCUGAAAGACGAUCCUGACUUGGGAUCGAUAGCGUAUGGCUUGUUUCUCGAGUUUGACUCGAACCAAGACGGUGUGAUUGACUCGAAGGACCUUGAUACCAUCUAUGCACGUAUUGAUAUCAACAAUGACUUGAGAGUUGAUGAAACAGAAUUCAAGCAAUACUUUAAAUCUUUGCUGACUGUGCUAUUCCUGAUACACAUACAGGGUAUUCCCGAGCCAGGACCUAUUGUGUAGUAGAACGAAUAAAAUAUGUAUAGGGAGAG